AUGUGCUCUGCGCUUCCCCCUGCCAGUCACUGGCAGCUGGGUCUGCCCUCCAAAUUCUACCCUCUCGGUGAGGCCAUCAACCCGGGGCCCCCGCUUGCGAUUUCCUUCGCCAAUCCUACCGGCCUUCGGGCCAAAGAAUCCAUUUGUUUGAGCCUUCCGCGUGGGAUCCUCAAUUUCGCUGAGACUCAUUUGGCACAGCCGGGGAUCAAGGCUUGCUGCCAAACCUUUCGACACAUUGCCUCACAACAGCAGCGACGGCUUUGGCCCCCUGUUCCACUCCGGGCCCGGAGUCUCACGACUGGCACCUGGGCUGGUGUCUAUCAGAUGGGAGACAUGCCGAUGUACAGGCUGCAAGUGCCUUUUCCUGACUCGGAAUACUCGCUUGGCCGGGUUCAGGUUGCCUCUUUCAACUUGGGACACACUCACAUCACCGGCACAGUCGUCUAUGGCUGGCCAACUGGUCCCACUUGGCCUCGCGCACGAGAAGCCACGCGCAACCUCCUUCAGCAGAUCUCUGUGGAGCUGGUUUAUGGGCGCAGUGGCCUUCGAUAUGUUUCUGGAGAUUUCAACGGCGAAGACUUUCCGGAGUUCGAAGAGUGGGCCAACCUGGGAUGGACAGAAGUCCAAAACCUUCAUCACUCCUUGACGCAGGAGGACAUUCUGCCGACCUGCAAGGGCGCUACACGACCAGACCGAAUCUACAUUUCGCCCGAAUUCCGCCAGUACUUCCAACGUGCCGAAGUACAUGACAGCUUCGCCGACCACUCCACAGUCACUGGAUGGUUUGAUAUACCAACCCAGCUGCCUGCCCAACUGCACUGGCCUUUACCGGCCAAAAUUCCAUGGUCCAGCCUGGAUACUGCUUCAUGGCAGCAUGCGGACUACCAACCUCACGACCUUGCCUCUUGGCGCGGCACAACCACCUCUUUCUAUGCUGAAUUCGGACGGGGCUACGAAGCUAGUCUGGGACCACAUUUACAGCACAACUUUGCGGGACGACUUCCACCCUCCUACCGAGGCCGCGGGCAGGCCUCUGCCCCACAACUACGACCGGCCCAACCACCCCGGCUACGGCCUAGCCGAUCGGGUGAAGCCCUUCCUGCUUCCGACUUCUUGGGUCGGACUCAUCACCGUUGGUUCACCCAGCUCAGGCGCUUUCAGUCACUGUACCACAAUUUACAGCGCAACAGUACAACUCCAACAGCCAUCGAAUACAGGCUUCUCACCUGGCAGGCCAUCAAGGAGGCUAAGGGCUUCGACGGAGGGUUCACGUUCUGGUGGCGAACCCGGCCGGUUCAGACCAUGGGUGCCGGUACAGACUUCCCUAGGCUUCUGCCUCACAUUGGACAGCUGCAAAUCCUACGGUGGGAUUUCGAGGCCAAUUACCGCUCCUUCGAGUCCUGGAGCAUACGUCAGCGCUGCUCGCUUCUCAAGGCCAGGCGUCAGGAGCACAUCCGCGAGGCUUUUCAGGAUGUGACUAAAGCAGAGCGACAGCCGCUGACCACGCUUCUGCUCGCAGACGAGGCCACUAUCACCGACGUUGAUCCUCGCACCCAUCAUGUUGCUCUUGACCACGAUCUGCAGGAGGACAACUCAGGCCAAUGGCUCCUUGAGGACUCUCCAGCACGAGUCACACGGCUGUCUCCUUUCACCUACCAGGUUGACUCUGACCUCCUGCUCUGUCCAGGUCAACAACUUCGUUAUGAGCGGGUCGUCUCUGACCCUUCCGAACUGGCAAUCCACCUGCAACAGUAUUGGUCCGCCCGAUGGAAUUUGGAUCAUCCACCGGAUCCUGCCACCUGGCAGCGGGUCCUGGCAUUUGCUCGUGCUUACCUGCCCCGGCACACCUUUUCAUGCCCCGACCUUGCAGUUGAAGCAUGGGAACUCGGCACCAAGAAGUUUGCAGCCAGAUCAGCACGCGGCCCAGACGGCUUCGACCAUCUUGAUCUCGGGCUGAUGCCUGCCUCUUUCAAGCGCCAACUACUACAGCUCCUGACGCACAUUGAAUCCGGGGCCUCUUGGCCCCAGCAACUACUCAAGGGGUUCAUCCAUCCCCUCCCCAAGCACGAUGCGGCUACCGUCAUUUCACACUACCGACCCAUAGUGGUCUUCUCAAUGAUCUAUCGUUGCUGGGGCUCCCUUCGCUCAGGAUGUCUGCUACAGCAGCUCAGUCAGGUGCUUCCACGAGGCAUCCUCGGCUUCAUCCCUGGCCGGGAGACUGGUGAUUUCUGGUAUUACACCCAGGCUCUCCUUGAAUGUGCUCUGCAACAGCAACUUUCCAUUUGCGGCUGCACCACCGACAUCCGCAAAGCCUUCGAGCAUAUACCUCGUGAAGUCUUCUUCCAGACUGCCACUGCUCUUGGCUUUCCACCUCGGGUUCUGGGCGCCUGGCAGGCCUUUUUGCAGCAAGUUCAGCGGCACUUCCUUGUGCAGGAUCAUCUCAGCACGGAGAUCACCUCGAACAGCGGGUUUCCUGAGGGAUGCUCCCUCUCGGUUGUGUGCAUGUGCAUCAUCGACUGGAUCUGGGAUGCCUAUCAGUCGGCCUUUGCUCCAAGCACCAUACCGUCGUCCUAUGUGGAUAACCUCGAGUUGCUUGCCCGGGACGUAGGCUCCCUGCUGCGCGGUCAACUGGUCAUGGAGGAGUUCUACAAUCUUUGGGCCCUUUGCCUGGAUCCCGAGAAGACCUACUACUGGGCAACCAAUGGAAAGGACCGCUCCUUCUUACGACAGCUCGGUCACCGUGUCGAGCUUGCACAUGCCGACCUUGGAGGUGCACUCACCUUUUGCCGCUCACGUGCUCUCGGCUCUCUCCGGGCACGACUGGACUCUUUGGAGCCGCUUUGGCCCAAGCUGCGGCGUUCUUCAUCGCCCACUGCGAUCAAGCAGCUCAUACUACGACAGGCCUUCUGGCCCAAAGCGUUGCACGCUGUCUCCAUCUCGCUGCUACCCUGGGCAGAGAUCGCCCAACUACGCACCAAGGCAGUUCGGGCACUUGGCCACGGCAAGGCAGGUGCCCAUCCGGGCAUUCGACUUGGUCUACUCAGCGGCAAUGUCGCCACAGACCCAGGAGCCUUCCAGCUCAUCAGGGUCCUUCAUGACGCUCACCGUUUCCUGAACAAGGACCACAGGAUCCUUGACCUGUGGCAAUCCUUCCACGAGCACUUUAUCGGCUCCAUGCUCUCCGGGCCUUUCAGCAAGCUUGUCGACCAAUGCGACCUCAUCUGGUGGCGGGUUGAAUCCCCACCAGUUUUGCUUGACCACCACGGCCUGCCGGUCGAUCUCCUGACUGACCCUUGGCCUUCUACCCAGGCACGUCUUGAAGAUGCAUGGCGGCAGAGACUUGCGCGUGAGGUCGCCCAUCGCCAGGAUUACAACGGGCUGGUGGGUCUUCAGUGGCCACCCAGUAGAAAUGAGGCACAUCUCACGGCACUUCAGCACGCUCAGGUCAAUGCUCUGCGUGAGGGCACCUUCCUCACAGGGCAUGUGCAGGGUAAGUUCGAUCUUGUUAAGGGCACGGCCUGCCCUCAUUGUGGUGCCGAUGACACGCUGGCACAUCGCUGUUUGGUUUGUCCGACCUUUGAGGCGGUCCGCACACGACACUCUUGGGCGGUUCAGCAUUGGGAUGCCUUUCCACGUUCGCUCACGGAGCGCUUGCUACCCUCAGCAAACCCACACCUUCGUGAUCUGCAACAUCAGCUCUAUCGACAAGCUGAUACUUUAUCCAGCAACCUCGCUCCCGGCGGUCUUCAGCAUUUCGACCUCUUCACCGACGGCAGUUGCCUUGCGCCCAAUCGUCCCGACAUAGCUUGCGCCUCAUGGGCCGUUGUGUCGGCCACGCAUGGGACGUUGUUGGCAGCAGCUCCACUGGGAGGUUUAUUUCAAUCUAUUGACCGCGCGGAGCUCAUGGCGAUCCUCAUGGCCACCCGCUGGCUGAUUCGCUUUUCCAGCCGGGGCACGAUCUGGUCAGACAGUUCAUACGCCGCAUGCGGUCUCGCGGCGUUGAUCCAGGACCAGUAUGCUCCGCUACCAGACACACACGCAGAUUUAUGGGCCGAACUUCGACAUUCCAUCUCUUUUUUUGCCUCAGGCGAGCUGCUUGUUCAACAUGUACCUGGUCAUGCACAGAUAUCUGACAUUUUUGCAGACACAGCAGACUGGGCAGCAUAUUGGAAUGAUCAGGCAGAUGCGGCGGCGCGUGGUGCUCACCGGCAACGCCCUCUCGCUUUUUGGCAUGUCCGCGACCUUUUUCGACAACACCAACAGGCCACUUGGGAUGCCGUUGACCGUUUUCGGAGCUUUCAGCUUGAUAUCGCAGGUGCCGGGCACCUUGUGGCAUGCGAAGCUCCAGGUGUUCUACAUCCUGAUGAUCCUCCAAUUGUCAUGCGUACCAUGCUUGAUGGUGGUGACUGGAUUUCCAGCCUGCCCCCCAACUGGGCGCACAUCUGGCAACAGUCGAGUUAUGCGCGGCAAUUUGGUACUGCCUUUAUUGCCUCUUUCGUGCUCUGGCUCCAGCAAUUCCUGCGUGAACCCACGGUACGAUCUGUGCAGAUUUCUUGGCUUGAACUGGCAGUGCUUACAUUUCAGGCGCGGCUACCGCACCCUUUUCCUUCUGCAAGGUACAGCGGCGAGUGCUGGAGUGAUGAGGUCUCCCCAGCCUUGGCCGGCCAACUGACGUUGGCUCAAAGAAUUCGUUUCAUUAGAGGUGUGGUGAAAGCUAUGUGCCAAGUUUUUUCGCUUCCGGGCGCUUUCUUGCACGGCAUUGAUGUUUCUGGUCUCCGGAUCCACAUGCCUUUGCAGGGCUUGGCUGUUUGUAUAGACGAACCGGCCCUCAGCGACCUCGAUCGGUUUCUGCUGGCCUUUACCGCCAAGCGACCUGUGCGCACAGCCAACGACGUUGUGCGCCCUCUGUGA